AUGACAAAAUUCUUUCUAUCGAUUAUUUUCAUACCAAUCUUAACGAGAGUCAAUUCACGUGCUGAUGAUUAUUUUGAUUUAUGGGACAGGAAUUUUGAAACAAACGAUUUGUUUAAGCGAUUGAAUGGAUGUUAUGAAGGUGAUACUUUCUCCUUAUCUGACCUAUCCAACAUAUUGAUUUUAAAUAAAAUGGAUGAUGAUGCUUAUGAGAUGCGUUUUAGCUCCGAUAUUAUGGAUCUGUUCGAACGAAAGAUUCUAAUCGGACAGAAUGAUCUCAGCAAUCAAAUUAUUCGGAUAGAAAUUACGUUCUGUAAUCAAGACAAUACAGUUGUCUUAGAUGACUAUGGAAAUCAAAUACAACUGAUGUUAAUUCCACAUGAUUUUGGACAUCUAUUAGAUUUGGUUAACCAGCAAUUCUCGUUUUCUUACAUGAUUUGUCGAUUGGUUUUACAGCCGAAUUGUAAUUUUGAUCCCAGAACUCUCUUCUUUCACUGUGCUACGUCAUCAUCAAUAGAACCAAAAGUGUCAAAAUGUACGGAUGGAAUUAAGAAUCAAGAUGAAACAGGAUUAGAUUGUGGUGGAAUAUGUGCACCGAAACGCAAAUGUCUCGAUGGAUCCAAUUGUGUUUCAUCGAAAGAUUGUCAAAGUCGUUUCUGUGCAUCAAAUAUUUGCAUACCUAGUCAUUAUAAAAAUCAAAUUCAAGAUGAAGGCGAAAGUGCUAUCGAUUGUGGUGGAGAAUGGCGAUUUGUGAUGAAAUGUAAUAAUUCUCAAUCUUGUAACGUAUCUUUCGAUUGUCAAAGUGAUGUUUGUGUAUCAAAAACUUGUUUACCAAGCGAUUGCAAUAACGGAGUGAAAGAUCCAGGAGAAGCAGGUGUAGAUUGUGGUGGUGAAUGUACUGUGGGAAGGAAAUGUGAUAUUUUUAGUCGAUGCAAUGCAUCUUCGGACUGUCUGAGUAAUUUAUGCGAAUCAAAUCUCUGCUCACCUGCUCAUUGUAAUAACAGUAAGAUAGAUGAAGGAGAAACUGACGUAGAUUGUUCUGGACCAUGUGCACCGAUAAAGAAAUGUCCUGUUUAUGCGUAUUGCAAUUCCAGCCGGGAUUGUGGCACCGAGAUUUGCAAUUCUGGAAUUUGUGAUAUCAGAGCGUGUCUUCAAGGGUGCGGCCAAAAGAAAGUGUGCUUCAAUGGCUUUUGUCUACGUGUUGCCUUUUUUGGUAUUAGUAUGACUUGGUCACAAACAGGCAACGGCGAUCUCUACGUACAAACUCCCACAGGAAAACUUAUCUAUCAUGAAAAUGACGACCCCAGCAGCGAAACCGACGGGGGAAAGCAUCAUGACGACAAAGGCCUAUAUGGCCCAGAGAAUAUUUCUUGGAAGAAAAAUGUGCCGCCCAAUGGCACUUACCAUAUCUGUUAUAACUGUCGCAAGGGUUGUGUUAAAAACGAUGUAGAAGUCACAACCAUAAUACGGGAAACUGACGGCGAUUGUUCGGGACCAUGUGCACCGAUAAAGAAAUGUCCUGUUUAUGCGUAUUGCAAUUCCAGCCGGGAUUGUGGCACCGAGAUUUGCAAUUCUGGAAUUUGUGAUAUCAGAACGUGUCUUCAAGGCUGCGGCCAAAAGAAAGUGUGCUUUAAUGGCUUUUGUCUACGUGUUGCCCUUUUUGGUAUUAGUAUGGCUUGGUCACAAACAGGCGACGGCGAUCUCUACGUACAAACUCCCACAGGAAAACUUAUCUAUUAUGGGAAUGACGACGCCAGCAGCGAAACCGACGGGGGAAAGCAUCAUAGAGACGAAGACCGAUAUGGUCCAGAGAAUAUUUCUUGGAAGAAAAAUGUGCCGCCCAAUGGCACUUAUCAUAUCUGUUAUAACUGUCACAAAAAUUGUGUUGAAAAUGAUGUAGAAGUCACAACCAUAAUACGUAAGCCAGACAAAGCAGUACAAAAAAUAACAAAAAAAUUUAAUAAAGAGGCAAAUAGAAAUUCCAAUUUAGAAUACUGUAAUUCUUCAAUGAUUGGAUAUAUGGGCUCUGUUGAAUAUCCAUAA